AUGGAUACUUUGUAUUCAAACUUACUCAACCCUCCCUAUAUUUCUCACUUUUUGCUCCUUUUGUUUUUGGCAUCUUCAUAUCUGCACACUAGCAGUCACUUCUGUUUCUGUUUGGUUGAUGGAGUUCCAAGCAUUGGUAGUGUUAGAUCAUGCAUCGAGGAAGAGAGAAGUGCGCUUCUUAGUUUUAAACAGGAUCUCAAGGAUCCCUAUGGAAGGCUUUCUUCUUGGGUGGGUCGCGAUUGCUGUCAAUGGGAAGGGAUUUCAUGCACCAACCGCACCGGUCAUGUGGCGAAGGUGGACCUCCGGAAUCCAUGUUCAUAUGAUGACGAGGAAGGUACUUAUUAUAACCAGUCUUGGUUGGGGGGUAAGAUAAAUCGAUCUUUGCUUAGCUUGAAAUAUUUAAAUUAUUUGGAUCUAAGCUGCAAUUAUUUUGAUGGGAUUCACAUCCCUAAGUUCUUUGGGGAUCUUAAAAGUCUGAGGUAUCUCAAUAUUUCCUCUGCAUCAUUUUCGGGAGAGAUUCCCCCUUCUCUCGGUAACUUAUCAAAGUUGAACUAUCUUGAUCUUGGCAACUCUUUUUAUAAUACUCGCUCAUUUGAAAUGCAUUCCAAAAACUUGAAUUGGCUUUCUCAUCUCUCUUCCCUAAAAUACCUCAAUCUCAAUGGAGUGAAUCUUAGCACAGAAGUUCCAAAUUUGCUGCAUCAUGUUAACAUGCUUCCUUCCUUACUGGAGUUACACUUAUCUAAUUGCUUCUUUGAAAGCCCUCCACUAUCACUACAGAAGAUUAACUUCACCUCACUUUCUGUCCUUGAUCUGUCCUUCACCCCAAAUUUUGACCUUUAUCUGUCAAAUAAUGAAGUCAAUACUUCUUCAUUUCCCAGCUGGCUUUUCAAUCUUACCAGCCUCAGAAAACUUGAUUUAAGAUGGAAUUCUUUCGGUGGUCCUUUUCCCGAUGAACUUGCAAGCCUCAAAUCUCUGGAAUACCUAGAUUUGUCUCAUUGUGGGCUCGAAGGCCAACUGCCGGCCUCUUUAGGAAUGUUAAAAAGUAUGCAGCAUAUACACCUUUCGUGGCUUUUACUUUGGGGUUCAAUUCCAGCAUCUAUUGGAAACUUGUCAUCCUUGAAAACACUGGACCUGUCUAAUAGUAAUAUUAACGGCUCCAUUCCAGAAAGUUUGGGAAAACUCUCAGAGCUAGUUCGACUAGAUCUGUCUGCUAAUCCAUUGGAAGGCAUUCUAACAGAAGCCCAUUUCAUUAACCUCACCAGCUUAAAAAUUUGUCAUAUAGACAAUGAUGGAAGGCCCAUGCCCCUCGUUUUAAACGUGGCUUAUGAUUGGGUUCCUCCUUUCAAGCUCCAAGAGCUUGGCCUUGAAGACUUCAGAAUAGGUCCUGGUUUUUUGGGAUUUCUUCAAUCUCAGACUGAACUAGAAGCUCUCAGCCUUCGUCGUGCUGCCAUAUUGGGUUCCAUACCAGACGAAUGGUUCCUAAAGAUAUCUUCCCAAGUCGAAUAUUUGGACUUAGCUUACAACAACUUCGGUGGAAGGCUUCCAUUCCAAUUGAAGUUUCCAAAGCUAAUGUUUAUCUUUUUGGAUCAUAAUCAAUUCGAGGGCCCAUUUCCACUUUGGUCUAGUAUUGCCCAAAUCCUUGAUCUUCAAAGCAAUUUAUUUUCUGGACCAAUUCCCUCCAAUUUAGACCAAUUGAUGCCCCAAUUGACAUAUUUGGAUGUUUCUGAGAAUAAUUUGAGUGGUACUAUUCCACCCUCCAUUUGCAACAUGAAGUAUAUGAAUACCAUUUCGCUAAGAAAAAAUAAAUUAUUUGGAGAAUUCCCUCAACAAUGGAGUUUGUGGAGCGAAAUAUCCAUUAUUGAUGUCUCACACAACAAUCUUUCUGGCAAUAUUCCGAGUUCAAUGGGUAUCCCAAGUUCUCUCCAUGAAUUUAAGGCGAAUAAUAAUAAUUUUGGUGGUGAGAUUCCUUUUUCCUUUCAAAAUUGCACUCAUUUGGCCAUACUUAGUCUUGGACACAACAAAUUCACUGGAAACCUAGCUUUACGGCUUGGAUCAAACUUAUCAACAUUGGUGGUGUUAGGACUGCGAUCCAACCUUUUAAGCGGGCAUAUCCCCCAUCAGUUAUGCAAUCUUGUCUACCUUCGCACCCUAGACCUUGCUCACAACAACUUUUCAGGGACCAUUCCCAAGUGUUUGAAAAAUAUGACUUCUCUGGUCAAAGCUGAUGCUCCAUUCAUGGAGUCGGAGUUAUCUAAUAUAUAUGAUGGACAAACAACAAUAAUGUCAAAAGGGGAAGAACUUGAUUACGGAGAUUAUGCCUCAUUCUAUUGGGGAUUAAACAUCAUUGAUCUUUCAUCAAACAAUUUCGAAGGCGAAAUCCUUGAACAAGUAGGCAGUUUGGUUGAAUUGCAUACAUUGAACUUGUCGAUGAAUCAAUUAACUGGAGAGAUUCCUUCAAGCAUCGGAAAAUUACGCUGGCUCGAAUCUCUUGAUCUCUCACACAACCACUUUUCAGGACAUAUCCCUCAAAACAUGUCUUCGUUAACCUCCCUAUCUCACUUGAACUUGUCCUACAACAACUUAAUUGGAAGAAUACCUUCGGGCAACCAACUCGAAACCCUCAAUGAUCCAUCUAUUUAUGAAGGCAACCCAUCAUUGUGUGGGGCUCCUCUUUCAACUGUUUGCCCUGGAUAUGACACAGGACAUAUUGUUCCUGCAGAAGAUCUGAGUAAAGAUGAUGACGAAGUGUUUUGGUUUCACGUUAGCAUGGCACUUGGUUUCAUCGUAGGCUUUUGGGUUGUUUGUGGAACGUUGGUCUUAAAAAAGUCAUGGAGGUAUGCCUAUUUUAAAUUCUUUGACAACAUCAAAGAGAAGGUAGCAUUAACAAUUGCAUUGAAACUAGCUCGUUGGCAAGGGAAAUUGUGA